AUUUCCCACAAUGCCACUGCGCUCGUCCUUGUCAAACCUCACUGUGGUCAAGCUAACGUUUACUGCCUCGGGUCGUUGACAGGAGUAGUAACAACAGCAUGGACGGUGGCAGCCACUUAAAGUCACCGCAGAGAGCAUGAAUUAAAGAAAAUGAGUGGAAGGCAGUGCCAGCUUUGUUUAAAUCGAGACUGAAGAUUAACGUUACUGUUAGCAUUUCCUCAACGCUGUCGACGAGAGUAACAUUAAUGUUAAUGUAGCGGCGAGCUAACAGCGAGCUAACGUGACUGAAGCUGCUGUUUGGUUAACUUAGAAACAGCUUCAGAAGAGCCUGCUAACGAGUUGAAACAACCCACCAAGUGAGCGAUAUCACAGCUCUAGAAAGCUUCGUGCUGGUGUCACAUUUGUGAGCUCUCAGCGCCUGCUGUUGCUGCCUCCCCCUGGUGGUUGAAUUCAUGAGCACGCUCAGUGACAGCUGUGCGUAGUCCUCGGGAAUGGGGAGUGGAGUCCAGGAACAACGGGCAUCACUCACGCAAGGCGAAGUGCGGCCACGGGCUUCUUCCAGUCAGUCAGAAGGCCUGAAGCACACUCGGUCUGUCAUCAACUCACUCUUCUCGGGGGCUUUAGCAGGAGCUGUGGCCAAGACAGCUGUCGCCCCACUGGACAGGACUAAAAUCAUCUUCCAAGUGUCUUCAGCAAGAUUCUCUGCCAAGGAGGCCUACAGGUUGAUCUACCGCACCUACCUGAAGGAUGGCUUCUUCAGUCUGUGGAGGGGGAACUCGGCCACCAUGGUGCGAGUCAUCCCAUACGCUGCCAUCCAGUUCUGUGCACACGAACAGUACAAGAGGCUGCUGGGAGGCUACUAUGGCUUUCAGGGGAAAGCCCUACCUCCAUUUCCAAGGUUACUUGCAGGGGCUAUGGCAGGUACCACGGCAGCCAUGCUGACGUAUCCUCUGGACAUGGUGCGAGCAAGGAUGGCUGUAACGCCAAAGGAAAUGUACAGUAACAUUCUGCACGUGUUUGUACGGAUAUCCCGAGAAGAGGGCCUGAAGACACUGUAUCGAGGCUUUACUCCCACCAUUCUGGGUGUUGUCCCCUAUGCUGGUCUUAGCUUCUUUACCUAUGAGACACUGAAGAAAUUACAUGAAGAGCGCAGUGGGCGCCCGCAGCCCUACUCAUAUGAACGUCUGGCAUUUGGAGCCUGCGCAGGUCUUAUCGGCCAGUCGGCGUCUUACCCUCUGGACGUGGUACGACGGCGCAUGCAGACUGCAGGAGUCACGGGUCACACGUACGGCACCAUCCUGGGCACCAUGAGGGAGAUUGUGUCGGAGGAGGGGGUUAUCCGUGGACUCUACAAAGGUCUCAGUAUGAACUGGGUUAAAGGGCCCAUUGCGGUGGGAAUCAGCUUCACCACCUUUGACCUUACUCAUAUCCUCCUGAGGAAGCUGCAUCAGAUGGGUUAUACUCGAUAAUAGCGAUACAGAGAGAGAAAACAGGUAUAGUGGGAUGACAGAAUCCCCAUACACCCUCUGAAGACAAACAAACAAAGGAAAAUGAACAAGUGAAGAGUGUGUAUUGCUGGAUAAAAUUAAACACACACUGGCUCAGGAUGCGUGGGUAAAGUUAACGCACUCCCUCGCUUUAUCUGUUUGCAACGCGGGAGGUAGUCCCGCAGGCAUGAGGUCUGUUGGAGGGUACCGAGUACCUGUACAAACUGUCCUGUACAUCUAAGUGCAAUAUGCUCAGUGACUUUGCGUGUAUGUGUGUACACAUAUAUUAUAAUGCUCCUGCCCUCGUGGACCAGGCCGGUGAGAGCAUUUGUCAAUCAGAGAGUUUAGAGGUUCACACACACACACACUGAGGUCUCUCAACUUCCUUGUGUGUUCGUGUAAAACUGACACCUUCCAAUGCAGUGCAAGUUGCCACUCAUUUACUGUUGACUUUUAAGAGGCAUUUGAUUUAAUGAGAGUGAAAUAUGCCCCCCUGAGAUUUGUUUUGUUUUGAGUGAGUUUGUUUUAAAGAAUUAUACCAAAGGAGCAGAUUAUAUGACGUUAGUGGUAUUUAGCAUAUUAAAGCACAAAAGUUCUCAGAGUAUGACUUUAGAGCAAAAAUCUUGCCCAGCACAGAGGUAACAGCGUGGUUACUGCCGUCAAAUGGUCAGUUUUUGUUUGAGUUGACUAUAUAUUGAUAUCACUAUUGAGUCCAGAAUGCUUAGUGGAGCUCCAAAUGAAGAUUGAAUUCACAGACUUUUAUUUGUAGUUUAGCUACUGUGCUGACAGCAGACAGAUGAGCUAUGUUUUAUGCCAGUGCCAACAGAUGAAGUAUAAAGAGUGCCCAUAUUAUUUGGUUUGUUUUCACUGUACUCAUAUAAUGGGCUUUUAGAUAGUUUUGUUGUCAGAAGGAUUAACACACAAUGAUGAGUUAAGAAUACAACCUGAAAAUGACAGUUCCAGUUUAACCUCCUAUUAAAGUCUAGUCCCGUGUAAUGCACAUCAAGCAAUUUCAUACUGAUACACUGAUUCAACAGUUCAAUAGGAACACCUGUACAGUCUUAUGUAAUCCAAUACAGCAACCCUGCUGUGAAUACUACCUUUAUGAAGUUUACAAUGUUCUGUUGUUGUUGACACUGUGCGUUGCUUUAACUCUAUCAGUGAUAUUGUUUUGGAUUACAGUAUAUUAAGAGGCGUGUCUAAUAUUCUGUCCAAAUGUCACUGUAACUGGACACACACAUACAGCACGUAUACCAUAUGUUGUCUUCCAUUUGCUGUCAGUAUUGCAGCUGCGACAUGUUUUGUUAGAGACUAAAGAUUUCGACAGGUCAUAGAAAUAACUUCAGAACUACAGUAGUGUGGAUUUUUUGUUGCUUAAAACUCACAUUGUAGAGCUGUAGCAGUAUUUGCUUGACUGGAAAUAUGCACAAACCUAAGGAAGAGAUCAUUUGAGUUCUCUGUUAGAGGCAUCAUUUUUUACAUUGUAGUGUUCUCAGUAUUGUACAUGGUACCUCAGCACAUAAUCUAAUGUUCAUGAAAUUCUCAAAUAUGAAUGUUUUCUGUGGAGUGGUGUAAAAAAAAUGGGACAAGGUACUCAGUUUUCAUUUGAUGGCAUGUGAGACAGUUUCAACAGUACUGAUGCUGGCUUAAAAGUCAUUGAAGAGUGUCAAUAGUUUCUAUACUUAGACCACACGUACUGAGGCAGGGUGCCUGAGCCGGGGGAGCAGCUGGGUGAAGAGCCAAGUGGAAUAGAGGGCAGGAAAGUGUCACCAUUACCAGAAUAAAGUAGGACGUUUUCUCAAUGAAACGGCGCUGAGGAUCCCAACAGAAACAGUUAAUUGAAAAGAAAAAACACAAAUACCCAGAGCAUUGUUACGUGUUAAAAAAUACUAUUGGAGCUUCACUAAUCAUUUUAAUCAUUGAUUAAUCAAUACAUUUUUGAAUUAUCAAACAAAAUGGUUAGAAUAAUGUCUUAACAUUGCUCGUGUGUUUCGACCAGCAGACAAAUAACCCCAAAUAUUUAAUGUAUAAAACUUUUUGCAUUAGAAAAUCAUCAAAUAUUUUGUGUUUUCACUGAGACAUUUCUUCAAUUUAUUGACGGGAUAUUUUCUGAUUACUUUCUUAUCAUAUAAAAUGUAUUGAUGCUAAUGCUGAUAUGACAUGUUGGUGUUUGCACCAAUACCACAUCAUCACUUUGCUUUUGAUAACCUUAUUCUAAGGACUAUAAACAUGGUAUCUACACUCUACACCAAAAGUCAAACAAAGUGAAAUGUCUACAUAAUAAUAAUAAUAAUAAUAAUAAUAAUAACAAUAAUAAUACAUUUUAAUUUAUAGAGAGCUUUUCAAAAAGCUCAAAGACACUUCACAUGAGUUAAAAAGGAAAAGAAAAAGCUAAAAAUGUCUAAAUGCAAGCAAUAUACAAAAUCUUUGCCUGAAUAAAAUAGUCUAAAAUUACCUAAACUCUAUGAUCAGAGAAUAAGAAAGUAAUACUCACAGCUCAGAAUACAUUUACGUCACUACCAAAGAAGUAUUAAGACUCAAUACCAGUAUCCCUUUCACUAUCCAGUGGUCUACUGAACUUUACCCCCAUUCAUCAAACUCAACUCUCCCCUGUCCUCCUUCUAUCUGACCAUCAUCAUUUUAUCCACCUCUUAUCUGUUUGUCCAUGGAUGUUGUGAUCGUUUUGUUCAUUGUUCAGACACCUAAAUAUAGUUGUAUAAAAACAUUGGGAAAUCACAAUGCUACUCGGAUUAACAGCAGAUACAAGUUUAGUCUUUUAUGUCAGUGUUAUACCUUUACCUCCUUGCUUUAAGGUCGCAGGAGGUAAACCGUGUGUAGCUGAGUUCAGAUCAACGACAGCUUGAAACCUGCACAUGUUCCGAGCUGAAGCGUGCUAAGUAGAAUAAAGUAUACAGUAACUGAAAGCUGAGUAGAGGGUAGUUACUGACUCUUAAGUGCCUAGCAAGGAAUAGUAAGAUUUUUACUAUGACUGAGCUACUUCUACUAACCUUUUUGAAGGUUGCUUCCAUUUUCUAGCCUUGCUUCGAUCUUGAAGUUUCAAAUAUUUAAGGGGCAGCAGAUUUGAAGGUGGUUUGAAAUUUAGGGAUUGUUACACCUCUGUGACUGAAUGUAUUACUUCAGGUCCAGCUUUUGUAUAGGAAUUUUGUAAAACUUAUUAACUGCCUUGUAGGGUAUUUGCUGUCUAAGGUGACAUACGUGAUCCUUGGCUCCCUUACAGACUCGACCAAACCAUUCCAACCAGUUUAGGACUAAUUGGAGGAAGGUAGGAAGAAGUUAAAAGAACAUUUUAAUGGCUAUUUGUAUCCUGAUUUCAAUUAGAAGAACGUAAAGAGUAAUGUAAUGUCAUUACCCCCCUAUUGAUAUAGCUAUAGAUCCAAUCAGAUGGGUGAAGAUAUGAUGAAAUACGAUAUAAUGGGGAAAGUUGACAGCAAACUUGGAAAAACCCAGACAAUCACGAAAUGCCAAACAAUGAUAUGUUUUUGUUUUAAAAGAAAAGUAAUUAUUUAGUUGAGAACCUGACAGUGGCUUACUGAGGAGGGAUGCUGAAACAAUACAAACAAACUGGUAGAAGAUGUGGAUUUUAUUUGCUCUUGCAAAAGCAAAUUGAAUAGUUUUAACCCUAUGUGUGGGUAUAGAUGUGCAGACAGACGAUGCUACUGUGUGUGCAUGUUACAACAGAUCAUCUUGUGUUGUGUUGUGUUUCAGUGCGGCAGUUGUGCGACGACUGUUUUGUAAAUCCUAGUUGUGCCAACUGAAUGUUAACGUACCUACUAAUACCACACCUUGUGUCCUGUCCUUAGUGAUGAUGGUGUAUCUGUAGGAAAGUUGUGAAAUAUCGAAUUCUCAAUAAAACUGGAUGUUGACAACGA